CAAAAAGAAAGAAACACUAGUAGUAUUCCUAAUCUCUUCUUUUUUUCUCUCUCUCUCACACACACACACACAUAAAGAGAACCCCCUUUUGGCUUUUGCUACGUUCCUUUUAUUUCAUGUGCUUUCAUUUUUCUGUUGGAUCAUAAGUCGCACCAGCAUUUUGCACCUUUGCUACCCUCACUCUGUUUCCCUGUGUUUUUCUCCCCCGGUUCGAUCCAAGCAAAUGGCUGACGAGUUUGAUUCUAAGUUGAAGGAAACAUCUGGUUUGCUGAAACUUGUACUUGAAAAUCAGCGUCUCCGAUUCCUCCAUUUACUGCGUGUUUUGUUUGACGAUAAAGAUCCAAAGGAACUCCCCCUGGGACGGACCAAAAGGGGCCAAUUCAAGAAAUCGAAAAACUGUGGCGAUCUGCUCCACCGAGCCCACAAAAAGAUACUAAGGAUGGUGGAUGACAUUGAUGAGCACGAGAAAUUCCUGGCUGAUUUUGUAAGCUGCCCUCCACCAGCUCCAGCCCUUAAUCAUCUGAAAACUAUCAUGAAAGACAUAAGUGGCCGGACGUCAACUGGGACUCACACUCACAACUACUGCCUUGAAGAGCUUAGUGUCGAACUUGUGGACCAUGUGAAGGAGCUAACCCGUCUUUCCUAUUACAUGGAGUCUAUUAUAAUUAGGAGAAAUGGUGGGAAAGAGACGGAUGUUCCAAAAUGGAUUGACUUUGCAGUUAACAAUUUAGCCAAGCUGUGAUGCGAAGCAGCCGGUGGAAAUGUUGGGAGCUCCUAUAUAUUAAUGAUGAAGAAGAUGGAUGAUUUUGCUAGUAACUUAUGUCCUUUUUGUUUUAGUCAUCAAUUUCAGUAUUAAGCUGGUUUGUUCCUAUGAUAUUUACUCUUCUUCUUCUUCUUUCGACGUUGAACCCUUUUAAGUUCAUGUUUUUUGGUUGGUGUUUAUCAGCAUGAAUCGUUUCGUUUCAAGAUUAUGAUUGACCUAUUAAUUAUUUCCCUUUUCUUCUCUC